AUGCAGAUAUUGAACACAUUAUUCGCCAGCCGCAUCCAAAAGGUCACCUCAUUCUUCUCACAACACGGCUUCCACGUCAAAGUGAUCUACAAUGAACCUCUACCUUCCGAUCACUUUCCAGCCGUCCAACUUCGCUGCUCAGAGCUCCACGCCGCAUUCUCAGAUCCCGCCGUCAAAGCAAUACUCUGCACCAUUGGAGGAUUGUCUGCAAACGAACUACUGCCAUACAUUGACUAUGACUUGAUACGAAGGAACCCAAAGGUGUUUUGUGGAUACUCCGAUAUCACUCUGUUGCACCAUGCGAUCUAUCAGAAGACGGGACUAAGGACGUUCUAUGGUCCUGCUGUGGUUCCGGAAUUUGGAGAGUCACCGAGCCCACUGCAGUUUACUGCGGACAGCUUCUUUGAUUCUGUGAUGGGGAAGGUCAAAGGAAGAGGUGUACCCAGAUCGGCGAUGCAUACUAUGGAGUUCAAGAACUGGCUAUCCGAUGGUGAGGCAGAGAAGUCAAGGACUUUGAUCCCUGCGCCAAAGUGGAAAUGGCUCAAGUCUGGUACAGUAAAGGGCAAACUCUAUGGCGGAUGUCUUCCUUCUCUGGUUCAGCUCUGCGGGACUAAGUAUCUGCCUGACUAUAAAGGGCGAAUUCUGCUUCUGGAGUUACCAGAAGGGCACAGGCCUGGGACUCCUUUCUCGCUCGAUGCUGCUCGGUCUGCGAUGGCUGAUUUGCGUAAUUCUGGCAUACUCGAGAAGGUCGCUGGUAUGGUCUUUGGACGUCCGUACAUGUAUGACGAGAAGAUGACUGUUGCAUUCGAGAAGAUGCUUCUCGACCAAUGCUAUGGUUUGGAUAUUCCUAUGCUCUCGGGUAUUGAUACUGGACACUCGGACCCCAUGCUUACCUUGCCAUUGGAUGCGAUGGUGUUGCUUGAUUCGGAUGCCAAAGGAGACGAGCAGUUUGUGAUAUUGGGAGAGGUCAUCAAGACAUGA